AUGCGCAAAAAAGUCUUUUACUCAAUCCACAUUCUCUAUCACACACACAUUCUAAAUCGACUGAUCGAGAGCUGCACGAUUCAAGGCAUCGAUCUCACGGACGAGCUCACAAGAGGGUCGCAGUACAAAAUCGAAAACAUUUUACUACGAAUUAACAACUCGAAAGAUUUCUCUUCUAUUUUUGUUUCUAAAUUGCAGCUCGCUCAUCAGCCUUCCGCUGCGAGCAUUCCAUUGGUGAUGGAACCGUAUUCCAACUUAUACAAUGAUCCUCUGGUCGUGAUGGACUUCCAAUCGCUGUAUCCCAGCGUUAUGAUCGCUUACAACAUUUGCUUCUCGACCUGUCUAGGGAAUCUAAACAAAAAAACGGGAGUUUGGAUUGAACGGGUUUUGAAUGGUAGUUUGGGAUGUACAAAGGAACGGGAAAUCGAAGCUGCAUAUAAAGGAGGUUUCCACGUUUCUCCGACAGGAACAGUAUUUGUGAAUAAGAAUGUUCGAGAAGGAAUCAUCGUGAAGAUGGUGUCCGAAAUUCUUCGAAUUCGAAUUCUGAUCAAGAACGUGUUGAAAAACAACCGCAAUCAUCCCUUAUACGAUCAUUACAAAUCGAUUCUCGACUUCAAUCAGCUCGCAUUGAAAGGAAUUGUAAACACCACGUACGGAUACAUCAAUGCUGGUUUUAGCGGUCGUAUGCCGAACGCUCAAAUCGGUGAUAGCAUUGUUGAAUACGGGCGAGUGAUCUUAACGAAAAGCAUUAAUUAUGUACUGAAUCAUUUCAAUGAUGUGGAAGUGGUGUAUGCAGAUACAGACUCCAUGUUUAUUCAGUGUAAAGGAUACUCGAGACAUGACGCGUUUGCGUUGGGAAGGCAACUUGAAGACGAGAUUUCUGCAUUGUUUCCGGUUCCAAUCACUUUGAAAUUCGAGAAAUUGUAUCAUCCGUGCGUGAUGGUAACGAAAAAACGAUACACCGGUUAUUGCUAUACGAGCGAAGACGCCGCGCCAUUUGUGGAAGGAAAGGGAAUUGAAAUGAUUCGGACGGAUCAAUGCGAGUAUAUCAGACAGUUAAGCGAGGAUUUUCUAACGCGUGUGUUCACUUCGUCCUCUCUGAGCCAAGUUCAGACGUACGAAUCAUUUUGUAUUGAUAUUUUCAGGUUUGUUCAGAACGAAUUUCGAAAGAUUCUGACCUCUCAGAUCCCAAUUCCGGAUUUCAUAUUAUGGAGGGAAGUGAAAUUGGGGUCCUACAAAAUGAAAUCGUCGAACGCGACUGAUCAAGACGGUUUUGAAGGAGAUUUGGAUUUCCAUAGAAUCAUCGCUUUGAAUCCUUCUCUGCCUCCUGCUGCUGUGAUCAGCAUUAAGCGAAUUCUCAACGACGAAAGGGACGUUCCAUUGUACAAAGAGAAGGUGCCUUAUUUGGUGAUUUACGGAGAACCGGGCAGUCGAUUGAACGAUCAGGUGAUUUCUCCGUAUGAAUUGCUGAGAGAAGAAAACGGAGUGCGUUUGAAUAAUGAUUAUUAUAUCCGAAAACAUGUGAUUCCUGUGUUGAAUCGAUUAUCAACGAUUUUUGGAAUUGACGUCGAAAAGUGGUAUCAUUCAAUGACCGAAGUCCCAAGUACUCCAUCCUUUAUCAUUCCAUCGAAAUUCAAAAACCAGUUGUCGAGUGUUGGCGGAUUAUCCACACGAUCAGGUGUCGAUAAAGAACAAAGAAUCGAUGGAUUUUAUACCUCGAAUCUUUGCUUCUUUUGUAGAAAAGUGAGCUCAGGAGAUGAAAUCGUGUGUUCGAAUUGCAGAAAGCAUCCACAAGAUUUGUUGAUUCGAAUAGCAAUGUGGAUUCAAGAUGUCGAACAACGCAUUGAAGUACUUGGUUGUUUUUUCGCUUCUAAUAAAUAG